GCAGGACAGUUCUGCUAUGUUAACAAGACUGUUAAAAUGAAUAGGAACAGUGACUGUCCAUGUCUGAGAAGAGUCUUCGCCAAGUCGCCGUCUACCUUGGGAACUGGACUGUAAUGAGAGAGGAGGGAGAGUUACAUUGAAUUAAUUUUAAUUUCCCAGGGUCCACAGACCCUUUGCUAGGCCCAGUGACCCAAGCACUGUUUUAGAAAGGAAAAAAGGGAGCAGAAUCCCAUCACCACAGCAGGCAGGUCCAGGCAAGAGGUCGUCAGUGAGAAAGGGGAGAAAUGGCCAAAUCGACGCAGCUAAUUGACAAUGAAGUCUUCCGGGCUUACGCUACUUACACGGCCAUUGUUCUCCUAAAAAUGAUGCUAAUGAGUCUGAUAACUGCAUACUUCAGGAUCACCAGGAAGGCAUUUGUCAACCCAGAAGAUACAGCAUCAUUUGGAAAAGGGGAGAGUGCUAAGAAAUUCCUGAGGACUGAUCCAGAUGUUGAACGGGUACGCAGAGGCCACCUGAAUGACCUGGAAAAUAUUGUCCCGUUUGUUGGCAUUGGACUGCUGUAUGCUCUGAGCGGCCCCGAGCUGUCCACGGCCCUGCUGCACUUCAGGAUCUUCACAGGGGCUAGGAUCUGCCACACUUUCGCAUACUUGAUCCCUCUUCCCCAGCCUGGCAGAGGUUUGUCUUGGGCAGUUGGCUACUCAGUGACCUUCUCCAUGGCCUACAAAGUCCUGAAGACAGCGUGGCUCCUGUAGCAGAGCUGUAGCUUCCGCGUCCCCUGCGACAUUCCACACAGUUUCCAGCACUGUACGAUGAUGUCUUGAAUGAGCCAAUGAGUCUUCCGUGGUAACUGGAGUUCUUCUUUUGAACAAAAGCUUUUUGUUCCUGUUCAGAAAUGUUUCUUUUUUGGAGGGAAUAGAAUCCUUCUCCCUGUAUUCCCUGUGCAUGGGUUGCACUGCCAAAUACUAGAUUGGAUGUUCCCUUUGCGACUUGUCAAGUGCUUACAACUCUAAACAUGCCAUGAUGCUGUAUUGAUAGAGUGUUUGAUAAUUUUCUACAGAUGCACUAUUUUUGGCUGUAGCUCUGAAGUCUAAAUCAAUAAAGACAAGAUUAAAAAAAAAAAGCCUGUUUGUAUUUUUGUUUUCAUUUUGACUCUCCACACUGCAGCCAGCAAAUAGCAUGUCACUAUGUAUCAGGAAGAGAUUCCAAUCAUACGGUUCUUUGAAGAAAGCUUACCUUAAUAAUAAGAUAUAACCAGUAAUGGUAGUGUUGUUGUAAAAAAAUCUUUGAUGAAAAUGUUUGUAUAAUCCACUUUGGGACUAAAAAACCUAAACCGUUGCAGCUCCAUUUCUUUCAGUUGAAUAGAUUUAAAAGAAAGAAUGUAUUUGUGCUAAAUUCUGUUUGGAGACACUGAUAAAAAUUUGAAGUAAUUUUUUUUGUUGGGGUUCCUGCAAACAUAUAUUUUGUGACUGGAUAAAGUGUAGACCCUUGGUAGAGGAUUUUUUUUUUUCAUCUUUGAAUAAAUUCGGCAUAAAAUGAAUGACACUUGCAAAUGUAGCUAUCAAGUAAUCCAGAUGUACAUAUAUAAUUAGUUUGUGUGUCAUAACUGUCAUAAAGAUGAUAGGAAGUUUUGCUCUUUGCUUACAUCUUUCUGUGAUGUGUUAAUUUGAAAUACAUUCUUUAAAGACUUUU